AAAGAAAAACGUAAUUACAAGCCACCCCCACCCAAUCCCCCCGCACCACCACACCACCAUUACACCCGCAAUCAACCGCCCCCACCACCAAACCACACCACCCCGCAACCCAAACGCUAACGCAACAAUCCCCUCCUCUCCAAAUCCAAUUCCAAAUCCCCAUCCGCCGCCGCUAAUCGGAAUCGCGGCGGAUCACCCUCCGCCUCCGACGAGGGUUCGACCCGAUCGACUCCCCCUGCCCCGGCGGGCUCGCGGGCGGCGGGCGGGGGGCUGAGCUGAGAGCUGAAUUCGGGUUCGAUCUGUGGCCAUGGACAUGGCGAGCAUCGAGUGCGUCUCCUACUCCGACAGCAUGGAUGACGACGACGACGAUGGCGUCGGCGUCGGCGGCGUCUCCCACCUGCCACGCCCCAUCCUCGUCAAGCCCUCCUCCGCCGCCGCCGCCGUCAACGUGGUCGUCGUCUCCGCGGGCAGCGGAGGGGGCGCGGGGGGAGGAGGAGGAGGGGUCGGGGUCGUGGCCGGGGCCCCCGCCGUCCCCCCGGCGACGAGCGUCCACGAGCUGCUCGAGUGCCCCGUCUGCACCAACUCCAUGUACCCGCCCAUCCACCAGUGCCAAAAUGGUCAUACUCUGUGUUCAACCUGCAAAACCCGUGUGCACAACCGCUGCCCAACCUGUCGACAGGAGCUUGGUGAUAUUAGAUGUCUAGCAUUGGAGAAAGUGGCUGAAUCGCUUGAGCUACCCUGCAAAUAUUACUCACUAGGUUGUCCAGAAAUCUUUCCGUACUACAGCAAACUCAAGCAUGAAUCACAGUGCAAUUUCAGGCCAUACAACUGCCCUUAUGCUGGCUCUGAAUGCUCAGUUGUCGGGGAUAUUCCUUUCCUAGUUGCUCAUCUGAGGGAUGACCAUAAAGUUGACAUGCACUCAGGGUGCACAUUCAACCAUCGCUAUGUUAAGUCAAACCCCAGAGAGGUCGAAAAUGCUACUUGGAUGUUGACUGUCUUUCACUGCUUUGGGCAGUACUUCUGCUUGCAUUUCGAGGCCUUCCAACUUGGAGUGGCUCCGGUUUACAUGGCCUUCCUCCGUUUUAUGGGCGACGAAAAUGAUGCCAGGAACUAUAGUUAUAGCCUUGAGGUUGGCGCGAAUGGCCGGAAGAUGAUAUGGGAGGGCACUCCCCGCAGCAUAAGGGACAGCCACCGGAAGGUUAGGGACAGCCAUGACGGCCUCAUAAUUCAGCGGAACAUGGCUCUGUUCUUCUCAGGCGGAGAGAGGAAAGAGUUGAAAUUGCGGGUCACCGGCCGAAUCUGGAAGGAACAGCAGAAUCCUGACUCGGGAGCCUGCAUUCCAAACCUAUUCAGCUGAACUGAAAUAACAAGAGAGAAGGAUUCGGAUUCGGAUUCGGUUUAGGUGUAUAUUGGGUGAUGCGUGUGGUGCACCUGUGCCCGCUUCUGUAAUUUGUUUGUGUUGCUUCCACUUUUCUUCCACGUAGCCGUUGUGGCCUGCCCUAAAUUAGUUAGGGCUGACGUGUGAGGACCAUGAAAAAAAAAUACGGCUUGAGCUUUGUGGGUUCUGAUUGAUCACAUGAUAAGAAAUUUCUCGAUUUGUUUCUUUUGCCCUUGUGCCCCAUUUUGAGAUGGGAGGCCAUUAUGCUCUUUCUUGCUUGUAAUUUGCAACCAUUGAUCAGAGCAUUUUCUGGGUUUGUAUGUUUU